GCCGCCGCCUCCCGAGGGGAGAGGCAGCCUCCCCGGUCUCCUGCACCAGCGGCAGCGCCCCUCGCUCCCUCCGCCGUGCGCACGUGCCGGCGAGACAGAGCCGCAGCGCGGGAGCGGCGAGGACGCGGCGCCCUAGGCCGGAGGGAUCACGCGGCCGGAGCGCCCGGCUGGAGAGACGCCGCCCGCCCCCCUCUGCAGCCCCGGGGGGGAGGAGGAGAGCGCCGCCGCGGCCGGACUGUGAAGCGACGGCGCGAAGGGACGCCCUUGUCCGGCGGCCGGCCUGCGCGCGCCCUAGGAGCCGAGGCGGGCCUCGGGCCUCUCCUCCGCGCCGCCCGCGAUGGGUUCCAGGCUCAGCCGCCCGAGCAGCCUGGGGGCGGCGGUGGAAGGGGAGCGGCAUGAGCGGCGCCCCCCGAAGGGCUUCCGAAGGAGGCAGGAGCCGCCGCCGCCGCAUCCCCCGAGCCGCCGCCGCCCCGGCUUCCCGCUGGCCUCGCGGCUCCUCCGCUCCGAGAAGCUGCCCGGGGCGCUGCGGAAGAGCAGCCCGGCGCCCUACGUGCGGCGGGUGGGCUGGGUCCGCGACAUCCAGGCGGCCCUCCAGCAGCGGCAGCGGGACCAGGCAACCCAGACCCUCCGCCUCCUCCGCAAGGACCUGGGCUUGGAAGGGACGUUCCUCAAUGAAGUCCUCUACAAGAACGCAGCCUUCCUCAACCUCGUGGACCCAAUCUCCCAUGAUCUCCUGAUGAGCCUCGCUAGAGACCUGCAGUGCCCCAAAAAGGAAUACGACCCUUGGAAGUCCUCUGACCGGAUCUGCCGGCAGCUGAUCUACCACUUGACUCCUCAUGCAAAAUGGCACCAGCACGGCCUGACCCGGCGGAAGUCCCAAGCCAGUCUGAAAAAUAACUUGCAGAAGAAGCUGAGCCAAGAUGCCAUUGACCUGUCGGGGAUCCCCCUUUCUGUGAGGGACAUUCACCGCAUGGCUUAUUACCUGCAGAGCAACGGCAGCCACCUGAAGAGCGUGGACCUCAGCUUCACCGACCUGACUGACGACCUGCUGCACCUCUUGCUGCCUUUUCUGUGGUCUCUGCCCAGCCUCGCCCACCUCUCCCUCAACGGGAACCGCCUGACCCGAGCCACUAUGAAGGAGCUCACCGACGCCAUGAAAGACCCGGGCAGGUUCCCCUGCUUGGCCUGGGUGGACCUGGGCAACAACGUGGACAUCUCCUCCAUGCCACAGCCCCUCCUUGUGGGCUUGCGGAAGCGCCUCAGCCAGCAGACCACGCUGCCCACCAUCCACGAGUCCCUCAGCUGCGACUCUGAAGUCUCCAGCGGGCCUGAGACCAACCCAAUAGAGGAAGAGGAGGAGAGAGAAGUGGCCGAGGCAAAGUCCUGCGACGUCCCCCAGCAGUCCUGCGCAAGGUGAUUGGACGUCCAAUGCCUUCCCGGCAAGACUGAAGCCACAGCAGCCAUAGUUGGCGUCCCCCAGCGGUUUCCUUGACCAACACCCCUGGCCUAGUGGACAGACUGCCAGCCAGGGUCUAUUGCUGCCCCCCCCCAGCCGGCCCUGCCACUUCCUCCUCAACACAGCCUUCCUCUCACACGCUAGACAACAACAGGGACUAGUCACUUACCAUGACAGCGAAGCUAGACCUAGGAAAAGGAACCCAUCACGAGGCGGAGGGCAAGACACAGAACUCACAACUAGCACACCAGGGUGGCUGCUGGGGCACAGCACCAGUGCUCUCAAUUCCUGUUAUUUCCCUCACCUUGUAGACAUCGGGGGUCUUCGAUCCCAAGUGAGAGGGGAGCAAAGGCUGCAUCUAAAGGCUGAACAGCCGCUGCUUUCCACCCUUGGAGACAGCAAACGGCCAGUCUCUUGUGCCCAGCUCCCCCCCCCCCACGUCUCCAGACAAAGGGCAACGGAGUGCAACAUUGUGCAGCACUGACAAGCCAAGAAGACGUGACUUUGGUAUUGCAGCAUCAGGGUAUUUCAGGACUAGGAAUACGUGGGUUAGGGGUGGGAGUUUAUGGGUCUCUAGCUUAGAGGGGAAACAUCUCUUUGUAGAUUCAGUUUUAUAACCUCUAAAGGUAAAGGUGUCCCCGCACUUGCAGUGUGAGACGUUUUCGACUCUUAGGGUGACGUCUUGUGACUUUUACUAGGCAGACCGUAUAUAUGGGGUGGGACUGCCAGUUCCUUCCCCGGCCUUCCUUUACCCCCCAGCGUAUCCCGGGUACUCAUUUUACCGACCACGGAUGGAUGGAAAGCUGAGUGGACCUCGACCCCUUUUACCGGAGAUUCGACUUCCUCCUUCCGGCCGUGAGCAGAGCUUCGGCUGCGUUACCACCGCUUACCACUCUGCGCCAUGGAGUCUUGUACAAAAGAGGAGUGGGGGGCGAACGUCUCCUGGAGCAUCUCUGCUGUUUGAUAUGGAGAUGGAAGUGUGCAUGUAUUUUUAAAAAAUACACCCACAACUCUGCACUGCUGCCCAUUAAGGAUCGCUUGAUGAUUUUGAAGCAGUGUUGACAAGGCUGCCCUUCAAAUGCCAGUGAAGAAACUGAAACUGUGGUGGAAAACAUCCCAUGUCUUUUCAGUGUUGCUGUCUGUGAUGAAGGGUAAUAAAUGGUCUUGGAAUGCAAGACUAAAACAUUGCAUGGGGAGGGAGCCUGAGUGUGACAGGAGAUUCUCCUGCACAAACUUCACGAAGGAGGUGGGGAACAGGAAACGCUGAAACAGAACACGAGCACCUCUCUUACCAUUUAAGGGGCGUCCAAAGCUUGUCAUCCUACUAGAAAGUGUUUCGUUGUUUUUGACUUGUGACCUACUUCUAAUUUUGCUAAAAUUUAAAUAUAGAUUUAAAAUUAUCUUUGGCUCCUUUAGGGGCUGGUUAGUUUGCCCAGCCAUCCCUGAUCCCACCCCCCACAAAUGUGCAAUGCAUAAACACCUACAGGGCUAACUCUUUCCAGGCAGCACCACUUACUGUGGGGUGAAUAUUUCUUGGGAGGUGCAAUUCUCCCAUCUUUAGCAUCUGCUAGUUUCAUAAGGAAAAAAGGCUAACCUCCCCUGCGCCCAUCAGUUAUGCACCAACCAGCUCCAACUCAGGGCUCUGAGAUGCCUUGAGAAGCCUUCAGGAAUUAGGACUGGUAGCUCUGAGGUGCUCUUGGAGGCCGAUGAUUCAUAGGGUCGCUGUAAGUCGUAGUCGACUUGGAGGCACAUAACAACAAGCAGCUCUGAGGUGAGGGGAUGGACUGAAUACCACAUACAGAUUUGAAGCAACCCACCCAGUGUCGGGCUGCAAAGUUUCUAAUUUGCUUUUAAUCACAAAGCAGCAGUAGUAGAUUAUCUCCCUCAGGUUUCCAAAUCACCAGUUUUCCUUUCUGGAAUACACUUCCUCUCCAGACUUAGGGCUGUAGCUUUCUCCAUCCAAAUAAUGAUGCUGCAAAGUCUCUAAGCAGGACUCAGAGAACAUUUGCCUUAGGCCACCUGCUCUGCAAGCCUUUGGGGUUUCAUCAAGAGCCAAGAUUCUACCUCUACCAGGUGGCAUUGCAUUAGUGCAAGACAUGAGUGAAUGCCUGCACUCUCCCAUGAAAAGGAUCUCUGCCUUUGCACUUCUGGAGCUACCUCCAGUCAGUAGACCAUCAUGGGCUGAUCCACAAGGGCAGCAGCUGAAUAUGCUCAUCACAGUACAAUUUAGAAAGAGAGAGAUUGAACACCACAUUAUUCUCCUUUGCCAAGACUAGUUCUCAUCCAUGAGGUUUGCCCUGGGCCUGAAACCCAAGCAAGCCAUUAUUCCUAUAGCUCAUUGCCCUCUAAAGCCCCCCCCCCAGGAGUAACCUCCUUAACAUCUGCUGAACGUGAAACUUCUGUUCUUAAAACCUAAGUAAGUAUUUUGUUGGACAAAAGUUAAGUGUUGUCAAGGUGAGUAGAGGGUUGUUUUACUCCAUGAUGUUUGAUUUCUUAUAUUGUUGGCCCUUGUUUUAAAAUGAGGUCAACUUCCAGGGCUGAAAAUUUAAAAGGGGACACUUUUCUUAGAUCAUCUUUCACUCUCCAGUCCUUGGAACAUAACACCUGCUGAGCCCUGAGGAAGAAACAUCAUCACCUCCCAAACUGCCAUUAUAAGUUAACAGCAGGUGAAAAAUCUGAACUAAAAAGUCAUUUAACUGGCUUAUGUCUGACUCAACAGCAAUAGAAAAAAGAAGCCUUAAUUGACAAGGAGCACUGGCUGCUGGAAGCAGUUCUGGAAGCACCACAAGGGCGCCGAGGGCAGCACUGAUGGUUGGACGCCUGCUAUCCUGCCCCACCCGCCAGGCUGAUCAACCUUGCCUGUAUAACGACAGAUCUGUAUGCCAGAAACAAAGUUCAUGCCACACAACUGACGCUUUCCCCCCAUUUUCUAAGAAACACGUUUAUUGAAUAGCAAGGAAACAUCAUCACCGCUACUGCUCUGAACACAAUUUGAAGUUCCCCGAGAAAAGGCUUUGUCCAGUUACCGCCGCUUCUGAAAAAUGUUGCCACGUCCCAUUCCACGCCCUCUGCCUCUUGCAGCCACUGAAGGAAAAGAAAACAAAUAGUGUAAACGCUACAGAGAAGCCCAAAGCUGUGUUUCUGAAAACCCCAUAAAGCGUCCCCUUCCGAGUCAGAACAAAGACCCAUUUAGCUCAGCCUCCUGCUUCUGAAAAGGUCACAAGGGGGACACAGAGCCCAUCAGACCCCCCACUCCACCCUUCUCUUCCAAAACAAUGGUAUUCGGAGGCACCCUUCCGCUAAACCUGGAGGUUUCAUACAGCGAUCAUGAUGUGUAGCCACUGACAGAGCCACCCUCCAUGAAUCUGGCUAAUCCACUCUUAAAAGGCAUCUAAGCCAGCGGCUACCUUCAAGGCCUGUGGCAGUAGAUUUCAUAAACGGCACUGUAUGAAGUACUUUACUUUGUCUCUCCGGAAUUCACUUGGAACCUUCCAUAAAGCAGUCAGCUCUGCCUGCAGCAUUUGCUUCUAUGAACCAGGCCUUCCAAUCUGAGAAGGGCCACAGCUCAGUGGUGAAGAGCAGAAGGUGCCAGGUUCAAUCCCCCAUGGCAUCUCCUGGUACAGCUGGGAGAAAUUCUGAUCUGGAACCUUGGGCAGCAACUGCCAGUCAGUGUAGGUUACACUGAGCUAGAUGUAUCAAUCUUUUUGGAGCCGUUUUGGAUCUUUUGGAGCCCAUGGCUUAACACUUACAGAAGGGCUCAGUUCCCCACAGCAAUUCCCAUGGAUAAGGGAGGUGACUUGGCAGCAUUAGAUGACAACCAUCUAAUAGGCAAGGUUUAUUAAAUAAAUAUUAAAAACAAACUUUCUCAGCCAGGCAUUCCCCAGCGGCCAAUAUUCUUAUCUGCCUCCUUCAGCGUUCUGCAGUUUUACUGUGUUCCUUUGUUUUAUCAGAACUGUUUUGUUGUGCUGAUCAGUUUUAAUCCACUGCUGUAAACUGCUUUGGGUUUUUUUAAGUAAGAAGUGCUCUAGAAAUAUUUUGACAUUUAAUUAAAAUUAAUCUGGAGUCUGAUUCACUGUAGAGGACUUUCCUAAACGCCAAGGAAGAAAGUAUGUGCAGACUGGCAAACUGCAGAGGCAGGGAACAGACUCCUGGCACGCAGCAAGGGAGGGGAAGCAUUAAGGGCAGGUACAGGAGCUGGAGAGCCCUGCCAUCUUGGCGCCUGGAACUGCCCCGGCUCUUACCCUGGGCUUUCAGAAUAGCAGCUUUGCCUCUCCCAGCCCCAGAGCCUUGGUUUUUGUUUUUCAUGCUCUUGAGCAUUGGAGCAUUUUUCAGCAUAUCUGGUAAGAUGAGGAAUCGUAUUUUGCUCCCUCGAAUGUACACCUGCUCUAGUUGUGCCACACGCCCAUCUCUGUAGGUCACUGUGAUGUUGGACAUCUGAAAAGAGAAAAUGGAGUAGCAAAAAGGUAUGAAGCUUUUGAGAAAAGAAGCACAACAGCAAAAACCACCAGCUGUUUCCCAAGCUGGAAAAGGCCACAUGGGGAAGCCUAAAUAUUGGCUAGUCAAGACUACUGGAAGGGAGUUUGGGUCGGCCAUGAGAUUGCCAGUUUCUGUGAAUGUGUCUUAAAA